AGAUUUCUGACAAUUGGCAAUCAUCCGCGGCUCCGCUUACCAAACUAAAAUGAAAUUCAAAUCUGUCCAAAUCAAAAUUAUAAAUAAAAACGCUACAAAUCAAUUUUUGUAGAAAUAUAAAGGAAACAAAUGAUUAUAGUGCAACAGAUACCAAGAAUAUUAUCUACGUUGUGUCAAAAUUCCUUUAAAAGACUUUUAAUUUAUCACAACCUUCAAUUAAAUAAAAACAUGUCGGCAUUAAGUAGCGUUCCUCUCGUGGAUAUCGAUCCAAGCGGCGUUUUUAAAUACAUACUAAUUAAUGUCUAUGAAGAGGUGAAAAGUGGUCAAGAGCCGAAAAUGACUAUAGCCAGAGGUUAUAAAAGAUGUAAUUAUCAUUCAGAUAUAUAUGAUGAGGUUCAGGCAAAGCUCUCUCCUCUUGAUUGUGAGCCUCUAGGAGGAGGAAGAAUUUUACAUGACCCAGAAAAUAAGAAAAUUCAUAUUUAUGGUUACUCACAAGGUUACGGAAAAGCUGAUCAUGAGAUCACUGCAAAACUAAUCAAGGCAGCUUUUCCUGAGUAUACCAUUACCAUCAGUGAUGAAGGUCAAGUAAAUGAAAAUGGAACUAAAGAAACUUGUUGUUGUGCAAAGAUCGGAAUGAAAUAAGUAUUAGAGCAAAACCAACGAAUUAAAUAAAUACUUUUGUAAUGUAUAACAUAUUUGGAUGUCAAGAUAAACUAACUAAUAAUAUUACGUUUAUUUUUAUAACAUUUAGGUACCCACUAGUAGACAGUCAAUAAAAUAUAAAGUAAA